AUGGGUACUUUUAGUAGUUAUUUCCUUCCAAGGUUCUUCCUUGGAACACUCUUGGUAGGUCUUGUUUGUCUUCUAGUUGUUGGAAGCUUAGGUAGUGGUGUAGGAACAACAAAUCCAACUACACUAUCAACAGAGUCAUCAGAAAGGCUCAAGCAGGAGCAUGUGAUAGGUAACUCAGAUAAGCCACUCAACCAUGCAGAGUUGGAUUUCAACUACAUGAGCAAACGAAGAAUUCCCAAUGGACCAGAUCCAAUUCAUAACAGGAGAGCUGGAAAUUCUGGCAGACCUCCUGGUCAAGCUUAGUCAAAUGGGAAUUCAACAAGCUUCAGCAACUUUGCAAACAAUGAUGACACAUGAUGUCAUAUGCAUCACUGAUCUUCUUAUAAUUCCAAUAUGC